CGACCAAACACAGCGACAAUGUGGGCAUCGGGAUGUCCCAUUUAAACGCAGGGCGCCAACGGGGACCCCAGUUUGCACCCGAAAAAGAACCCAUCCACGCACACGGCGAGGCUGGCCGUGCCGGGGGAGUUUUGGCCAGAAAUGGUGAGAAGGAAAAGCAUGAAGAAGCCGCGAAGUGGAGGAGAAAAGGUGAAGGGAGAUGCAGCUCCUGGAGAAAUUGUAAAAAGCCUUGCAAAGAGUUGUCGGAAGGACCGUUAUUCCUGCUGGGCAGGUUAGGACUGAUCUCUUUCUGCCACUCCAGGAAACACAAACCUGGGGACGGACUGACGUGUUACGCCUCUUCUAAUGACAUUUUUUUCUUUUUCUUUUCUGUACGAGCGAGAGGAGAGACCCUGCAACACACGCCACCUAUCUUUGUGGGGAGGGAUAAUUGGAGAGCACCAAACGUGAGCAUCAUGUGGAAACGUGAUCGCCAAGUUUCUCUCUGGGAAAGGAUCUGGGAUAGAUUAUACCUUGAAGUCUCCGCGAACGCUUUAGCGGCAGAAAUGCAAUUCCACCUCCUCCCGCCCGCCCCCCGCCCCGCGCCCGCCCCCCGCCCCGCCGCUCCGCUCCGCGCCGCUCCGCGCCCCGCGGAAACUCAGCGCGCCCCGCCACCGCAUCCCACCCCCCGGGCCCGCAGCCCCCCUGCCCCGCGGAUGCGACCCUGCCCUCGCCCCGAGCCCAGCCCGCACCUCUGCCACCCCCGGGGCGCAUCCCUGCUCGGCCCCCCGUCCCCGAGGCGCAUCCCUGCCCGUGCGUCCCCCCGCCGCAUCCCUUUCCCUCCCCCAGGCGGAAUCCCCCGCCCCCUCCCCAGCGGGAUCCCGCCGGAUCCCCUGCCCCCAGGCUGGAUCCCUGCCGGUUCUCCCAUCCUCGGGCGGGAUCCCGUCCCCCCCCGGCGGGGUCCCCCCGCUCGCCCGCCCGCCCGCGGAGCUGGCCAGGGCCGCAUCCUGCCCCGCACCGUCCCGCUCCGGGCUCUCGCCUCUUGCGGUGGGGAAAACUUACCCUAA